AUGGCAAGAUCUCAGGUCGGACCACGCACCACCCCGAAAACCCGCAGCGUAACCUCGCGAGUCAAGACCGGCUGCGACACAUGCAAAAGCCGUCGAGUCAAAUGCGAUGAGCGCUGGCCAUUCUGCUGGCGCUGCGCCUCCGCAGGCCUCAGUUGCAAAGGUUACGGCGUCUGGGGUGGUGGAGGCAAUCCGGCGGAGCCUUUUGCCCAGUGUCUUACGCUGCGCCGUUCAAACAACCCUGGCCCUCCGGGGUUUCUCAGAGAAGAAGACCCACAGGUGCUCGAGUGGUUCUUUCGGCGGAUGAUAAGCAAGCUUCAGGGCGUAUUCCCGUUCCCGUUCUGGGCAACCCUUGUUCCCCAGGCCUGCUACGGUGAGCCUGUCAUUCGAAGCUGUGUCCUGGCAUUGAGUUCUGCGCACAGGAGGGCUGUCACACGACAGUGCACAGUUGUGGGAAAGGCACUUGAUGACCUGGAUCCGGUGACGCUACGCCAUUAUAAUGCAGCUAUUGGCAUGCUCAACGAAAUCCAGUCAGACAAUGGCAGGGCGUCGAUCCGCGUGGCCCUGAUAGCAUGUCUUAUGUUUGUGACACUUGAAUACCUCCUGAAGCGGCACCAGCAAGGCCUGAUGCAUCUCAAACACGGCUUGCAAAUUCUGAGAGAUGAUAGAAACAACAGCAGGCACGAGCCUGCCGACGAAUGGCUUGCAGAUGCGUUUUCGAGGCUGGAUAUACAGGCGAGGCUCCUGUCAAGCCUCAUUAUGGAGCCAGCGAAUCUUGGAAAUGAGGUCAACAACACCGUCACAUCUGUGUGGACAUCAUUGCACCAAGCACGGACACGACUCGACCAUCUUAUGACGGAAGCGCUUCAUCUGGACUCACAAAGCCGUAUCGCUGAAUCUUCAGCAAAUGUCGGGCGCCUGUUCGAAGCUCUCGUUAUACAAAAACGCCUUCAGCGAGAUUUGUACGCCUGGUUGACAGCUUACCAAAAGUGGCAGGCAGACUGGCCAUCGUUUUCACUCCAGGAACAACUCGCUCGACAGGUUCUCUUGGUCUAUCACACAAUGGCUGGCAUCAUUACCGCGGUGGCAUUGAACCAGGGUGAUGAGGCAAGAUAUGAUGGACAUACUUUACAGUUCGCAUCCAUCGUCAGUCUUUCAAAGGGAAUCUUCUCAGCGGCGCUGCCGUCCACAAAUCGGCAGCGGUCCGCUGGUGAUGAACCUAACACCGGGCAAUUCAGUUUCAGUAGUGACUCUGGCCUUGUUCCUCCUUUGUUCUAUACUUCUCUGAAAUGCCGACAUGCCAAGGUAAGAAGGGGCGCGUUGCAUUUGCUUGCGACAAAGACUACCCAGGAAGGCAUCUGGGAUGGGUCGAUGGCAGCCCCCAUCGCCGCCGAGGUCAUUCGUCUCGAGGAGGCUGUGGGUGGUGAUCCACAGAAAGUGUCAGAUAUCAGAGGUUGA